UAAAACUAAAAACGGUUGCUCUUCCAUAAAAAAAUACUUCAGUUUUCUUCUCGUUCAAGCUUCUCUUCUUUCUUCUUCAAGAUCUGGUUAGGGUUAGGGUUUCGCUUCACUAUUCUCGUUGCGAUUUGCGUUCUCUUUUAAGGAAAGCCCUAGGAUCGUUGAGUUUUGAUUCGAUCGGUCCCGGAUCGCGCCGUUAGAGACGAUUCAGGUAAAAUUAUAUGGGAAUUCUAGAGGGAGCUAUUAAAUAUCACCCUUUUGUUGAGGCAAAUCAUGCAAGAGUUGCUGUUCCUUUGGUUAAUACUCCUCUGGCAAAGGCUAGGACUAUUGGUAGUGGAUUUUGGGGGUCAAAAGUGAAAUACAGAGGGUCGAUUAAGGUUGUUCCUGCCUCAUAUGCACCAUUUGAGGGGAAGCAUGGAGUUGUUCGCUGUAGUUUCAGUUCAUCAUCUGAUGGCAGUGGGAGCAUGGCUGGGAAUUUCAAUGAGAGUGAUGGAGAUUACGUGAACUCAAGUGUAAUAGAAGCUGUUGAGGUUAAAAGUGGUCUGGAUGGUUUCUUUAUUAAAAUGCGGGAUGGCAGAAAUUUAAGAUGUGUUCACAACAACCCUCAAAGAGGAAACCUGCCAGACUAUGCCCCUCGCUCUGCCAUUGUCUUAAAGAUGGAAGAUGGAAGUGACCUUCUUCUUCCUAUAAUAGUUUUGGAGAUGCCUAGUGUGCUGCUAAUGGCUGCAGUUCGUAAUGUACAAAUUGCUAGGCCUACUGUAUACCAAGUAGUGAAAGACAUGGUAGAAAAGAUGGGAUAUGAAGUACAACUUGUUCGUGUCACUAGGAGAAUACAUGAGGCCUACUUUGCACAAUUAUAUCUUGCAAAGGUUGAUAGUAAGAAAGAGAUAAUCAGCUUUGAUCUCCGCCCUUCCGAUGCCAUUAAUAUUGCAGUUAGAUGCAAGGUGCAUUCAAUGCUCUUAUCGGUAAUUCCUUUUUCAUCUCGCACAGACUACUCGGUGCCGAUACAAGUUAAUAGACACGUUGCAUACAGUGAUGGGAUGAGAGUGGUGGAGCCACCAAAGACGACAGUUCCCUCAGAUGGAUUGCUGUUUCAGGAACUUGACAGGCCCAUUGGUGAACCUUGUUUGGAAACCAAAGAGUUUAACCUAGUGAGAAACAUGCUGAUUGCUGUCGUUGAGGAGCGAUACAAGGAUGCGGGACUUAUCCCAGACGCCUCCUGCACAAGAGUUGAUUGCAAGGGACCUUCAUGACAAUGAAUGGAAAUUUCGUCACAUUUUUCGAGGUCAGCCAAAGAGGCACCUUCUCACAACAGGAUGGAGCGUGUUUGUAAGUGCAAAGAGCCUGGAUGUGUUCAGUUUGUGACCAGCUCGGUUUUGUGUUGUGGAGCCUGGUUGUAUUGUGGAGCCAGGUUAUGUUUGUGCUUUUGUUCUCGGCCAGUUUUUUUGCAUAUAUUGUUGAUAUAAUUCUAAGCCUGGUUGUGUUCAGUUUGUGACCAGCUCGGUUUUGUGUUGUGGAGCCUGGUUGUGCUCCUAAUCCUGGUUGUGUUGUGCUUUUUGUGCAUAUAUAUUGUUAAUGCUAUACCAUGUCUGAUUGUGUUCAGUUUGUGACCACAUCGGUUUUGUCAUUAUCAGC